UGCUCACACGUCCAUUGGUCAACAACACACACAAAACACACAACUGUACGUCUCCUAGACGAAGAAUUAAGAAGAAGAAAAUGGCCAAAUUGUUCAUUGCUUUGCUCCUCGCUCUUGUAGCCACUCAUGCCCUAGCUAGACCUAUUACGCCGGGCACCACCUUCGACGACCAAAAGAACUUCCUCACUUACGGUGGCCUCGGUGGCUACUCUGGCAUUGGCAGCAAUGGCCUCCCCUUUGGUGGGAUGGGAGGUGUCAUUGGAGGAACUGGGCCCGGUGGUCUCGGCGGUGGCCUCGGUGGCGCUACUGGAAUCGGUGGACUUGGAGGCCCGGGAGGUGGAGCUGCCGGUGGACUCGGAAGCGGAGCUGGUGGUGGAGUUGGUAUUGGCGGUGGUUCUGGUCUUACUAAUCCUUGAAGUUAUUUUAAUCUCGUUUUAUUUCUACUCAAAACGUUGUUAGAGUGUGAAGUUUAGUUAUUUUAAUUUGCCUUAAGUGGACUAGUAUGAAUCUAUGCAUUUGUUAUGUUUUCUUUCUUUAGUUCAUCAGAAUUUCAUAAAAAUUUAUUGUUUGAUGUGAAGCUAA